AUGAAGCUCUUAGGCGCCCUUCCAGUCUUUCUCCAACUGGCGCUGUCUGUGACUUGCCUCGCUGCCAAGUCAUUUUCAGCGUCAAACCUGUAUUAUGCUGCUGGUUUGAACAACCAACAGCAAGCCUUUCUCUUGGAGGGUCUCCAAAGCGCUGGCGUCAAGGUCUUGCGUGUUUGGCUUGAUGGCCAGUCUGGCAACGAAAAGGGCACCCCAUUCGAGGCUUACAACGGCCUCCAAGGCGAUGGGCCCGACGCCUGGGACGACACCGUGCUGAACAAGCUUGACAACUUCAUGGCCAGAGCCCACGGUUACGGAAUCAAGCUCCUGAUCUCGAUCCACAGCUACAACGCGCUCGACCUGAACCGCGACUUCUACGGCAAGUGGUACGGCACUGGCGAUUUCUACACCAACAACGACGCCAUCCGGUACUUCAAGACCCGCAUCGCCCAUGUCCUCGCGCACGUCAACCCCAACAACGGCAAGACCUGGGCGCAGAGCUCCGAGUACAUCUUUGCGUUCGAGGCCCAGAACGAGGCCAUGCAUCCCCAGGGAAACCCAGCGGCCUUGGCCUCGUGGCAAUGCACCAUGGCCCAGUCCAUCAAGGACAACCUCAAGGGGAACACGGGCAUCCUGGUCACGACCGGGGGCGGGGCCUACCUCGACAACUCCCUCCUCGACCCCUACUUCAGCUGCAGCGCCCUCGACGUCCUCGCGAUCCACGCGUACGGCGUCAACGACUUCGCCACGUCGCGGCUUCUGCCGUACGUCGCCCGGGCCCGGAACGCCGGCAAGAAGCUCAUCAUGCAGGAGUGGGGCGCCUGCUACACCAACGCGCCGAACCACGACUGCAGGGGCGGCAGCCCGCUCGGCGCCGGGACGAGGGACGCCAACAUCCGCAACUGGGCCGCCAGCAUUGACGCCGCCGGCAUCCCGUGGUUCUACUGGCAGAUCCUGCCGAACCCGAACCCGCACCACGAGUGGGACUACGAGGUCGGGAUCAACGACGUCAACUGGCAGGCCCUCAAGGCCGCGGGUCUUGCUGCCGGCCGGGCCGAGUCCCAGUUCGACUUUGAUCGCUGGCUCCUUUGA